CGGAAAAAAAAAUAAUCCUUCCGCCUGCGCCUUUGAGCAUGAGGUUGGCGGGCUGCUGGUUGUGUGAGUCGGAUGUAUAUAGUUUGAAUCUGGCUGCUGUGCUGGUGAAGAAAACCUCGUAGCCCAAUAACUCCGGAUCACGCGGAGUCUCCUCAUUCGGAUACGGUCGCGGUAGAAGCCCAGCCAUGCCGUCCAGCGCUGGACCCAGCAGCCCCGCAGCUGCACUCGCUGAGGCGCUGGAAAACUCUGCCAGGCUGAUUGACAAACACCUGCAGGAUGACCGCUGCUUCCCUGACCUGUCGGAGUUGCUAAGCGUCCCCUCUCACAAUAUGCCCUCCCUCUCUGGAGUGUCGGACAUGGACUACCCUCUCCAAGGACCGGGUUUGCUGAGUGUGCCAAACCUCCCGGAGCUCAGUGCCGUCCGCAGAGUCCCUCUGCCGCCUGAGCUGGUCGAGCAGUUCAGCCAUAUGCAAUGUAACUGCAUGAUGGGAGUAUUUCCUGAGAUCUGUCGAGCGUGGCUUACUAUUGACAAUGACAUUUUUAUGUGGAAUUAUGAAGAUGGAGGAGAUGUGGCCUAUUUUGAUGGACUUAUUGAAACUAUUCUUGCCGUAGGUCUAGUAAAACCAAAACAAGGGAUUUUACAGCCACAUAUUCACUACCUCUUAGUAUUGGCCACUUCUGUGGAUGUAGUGAUCCUCGGGCUGAGCUUCCCCAAGAGCCAGGCUGGUUUGAACGACAGCAUGUCUGGUGGGAUGCAGCUGCUCCCAGACCCCCUCUUCUCAAUCCCCACAGACAACACGUACAUCCUCUCCAUCACCUCCACAGACCUAGGACGCAUCUUCAUGGCAGGAAAGGACGGCUGCCUCUAUGAGAUAGCUUACCAGGCUGAGGCCGGCUGGCUAAGCCAGCGCUGCAGAAAAAUCAACCACUCCAAAAGCUCUCUGUCCUUCCUCAUCCCCUCUGUGCUCCAGUUCUCCUUUUCUGAAGACGACCCCAUUGUGCAGAUUGCUAUCGACAACUCCCACAACACAUUAUUCACACGCUCCGAGAAAGGUGUCCUGCAGGUGUAUGACCUGGGUGCUGAUGGGCAGGGGAUGAGUCGUGUGGCAACCUUGUCACAAAGCUCCAUUGUUGCAGCUGCUGGAAACAUAGCCAGGACAAUUGAUCGUUCUGUCUUCAAACCCAUUGUCCAGAUCUCUGUGAUCGACAGCUCUGAGUCCUCAGAUUGUCACCUGCUCGCUGUCACUCAUGCAGGUGUGCGUCUCUACUUCAGUACCACACCUUUUGCCCCUCCACACCAGAAGCAUGUGGCAGUUCGACCAAGCCUGCUAGCUUUGGUCCACGUUCGUCUGCCACCAGGGUUUUCUGCAUCUUCCACCCUGCAGAAACCUGCAAAGGUCCAUAAGGCACUACACAGCAAAGGUGUUCUGCUAAUGGCUGCUUCCGAGUCAGAGGACAAUGACAUUCUGUGGUGUAUCAAUCAUGACUCUUUUCCUUUCAAGAAACCCUUGAUGGAGACGCAGGUGAUGUCUAACGUUGAUGGGCACUCCUGGGCUCUCUGUGCUCUCAAUGAGCAGAGGCCUACCAAGAUUUUUACUCCUCUUAACAGGGAACAGAUCCCCAUCACUGAUUCACCAGUGGUGGUCCAGCAGCACAACAUCCCUCCGCAGAAGUUUGUCCUCCUCUCUGCAAAGGGGAGUCAUAUCUUCCAAAAACUGCGACCUGUAGAUCAGCUCCGUCAUCUGCUUGUGAGCUGCGCUGGUGGAGAAAGUGAAGAGAUCGAGCGCUUUUUCAAGCUGCACAGGGAGGAGCAGGCUUGUGCCACAGCACUGAUCCUGGCUUGUUCCAGUGCUGCUUGUGACCGAGAGGUUUCUCAGUGGGCCACCAGAUCUUUCUUCAGAUAUGGAGGAGAAGCACAAAUGAGAUUCCCUGCAGCCAUGUCAUCUCCCAGUACUGUUGGACCUGUGAUCAGCACUCCAGCACAUGGCAUCGUUCCACCAGCUCUCGCCAUACCUUUCGCACCGAUGCACCCUGGGUCUGGCCCCAUCACCCCCAUGUCAGCUGGCCCAGAGGUGAUUUUCUCAGGGAAGCACAAUGGUAUAUGCAUCUACUUUGCUCGCAUUCUUGGAAAUAUUUGGGACGGGAGCCUUGCUUUUGAGAAAGCCAUGAGCAAUGGAAAUCAGACUGUCAGCAUUUUGGAAAGCAGCGUUGGAUCAUUUGAUCUAGAAGCAGUUCUUCUGGAGCUCUGUGGGUUGAGGGAGUUUCUUGAUAAAAACUCUCAGUUCAGUCCUUCGUCUCUCGGUGCUGCAAGUUUUAGCUCCCCUGCCAACCUGCAGCAAAGGCUGCUGGGAUUUAUGCGUCCUGAUGGAGCCAGCUCCCAGCAAGUCCAGCAGGAGCUCCAGAGGAAAUAUCACACAAAGGCACAGGUUUAUGAGAAAGUGUCGCUACAGGGCAUUCAGCAGUUGGUGCAUCGCUCCUAUCAGACUCUGGCCCUCUGGAAACUUCUCUGUGAUCACCAGUUCAGCCUCAUUAUAUCCGAGCUGCCAAAGGAGUUUCAAGAGCAGAUGAAGGGAGCGAGUUUUAAGGACGUAGUGAUCCGGGGCAAAGAGCUCUCUGGAGCGCUCGUCACGGCGCUCAUUAAUGUCUACAUCAAAGAUAAUGCCCCUGUGGAUGCCAUCAGCAACCACCUGCGGGACAUCUGUCCCCUGCUGUAUAGCAGCGACGACAGUGUUUGCUCCAAGGCUAAUGAGUUGCUGCAGAGCUCCAAGCAGAUCCAGAAUAAAGCGGAUAAAGAGAGAACACUUAGGGAGUCUCUACGUCUCUAUCAGCAGAUCAGCCAACACACUGACCUGCCGCUCGUCUGCUCCCAGUACAGGCAAGUGCGUUUCUACGAGGGAGUCCUUGAGUUGUGCCUCACGGCAGCAGACAAGAAGGAUCCACAGAGAUUGGGGCCCCACUUCUACAAGAACGGAGAGCCUGAGGAGGACCGAGUGGGGCAGCAGGCCUUCCAGGAGAGACUGUCCUGCUAUAAGUGCAUCACAGACACCAUGCAGGAGCUGGUGAACCAGAGCAAAGCUGCCCCUCAGUCCCCCAGUGUCCCAAAGCAACCGGGGCCACCUGUCAUGACCUCCGACCCCAACAUGCUCAGCAACGAAGAAGCCACAGCCCAUUUUGAGCAGGUGCUCGGUCUGGCCCAGAGGUCUCAGGACGAGCUGUUUCACAUCGCUCUCUACAACUGGCUCAUUCAGGCUGACCUUACUGACAAGCUGCUUGAGGUGAAUUCUCCGUACCUGGAGGAACACCUGAUGCAUAUGAUCAAGCAGGACCAGAGUAAAGUGCACAACAUGGACCUGUUGUGGCGUUACUACGAGAAGAACCGUAACUUCGGCAAGGCAGCUCAUGUAUUGGCCCGUCUCGCUGACAUGCACAGCACCGAGAUCUCUCUGAAGCAGCGUUUGGAGUAUAUCGCCCGAGCCAUCCUGUCUGCUAAGAGUUCCUCCUGCAUCUCCGCUCAGGCCUCUGAUGGCGAGUUCCUCCACGAGCUGGAAGAAAAGAUGGAGCUGAUGCGUAUUCAAGUACAGAUUCAGGACACCCUGAUCAGACAGUACUCCCAUCAUCCCUCAGUGAAAAAUGUCAUCUCUCAGUUGGACUCGGAGCUCAUGGACAUCACAAAGCUCUACGGGGAGUUUGCAGACCAUUUCAAAUUGUCUGAGUGCAAGUUGGCCAUCAUUCACUGCGCAGGACACUCUGACCCAAUCCUAGUGCACUCACUGUGGCAGGAGAUCAUGGAAAAAGAACUGGGAGACUCCGUGGCCAUGAGUCCACCAGACAGGAUGAGGUCUCUUGGUUUGAAACUGGUGUCCCUGGGAAAGAUUUAUGCCGGAACGCCAAGAUAUUUCCCUUUGGAGUUCCUGGUUAAGUUUCUCGAGCAGGAGGUGUGUCGACUCAACUGGGACGUGGGAUUUGUCGCGUGCACCAUGCAGGAGAUUGGAGUUCAGUUGCCACGUCUUCUGGAGGUCUAUGACCAACUCUUCAAAACACGGGAUCCCUGCUGGCAGCGGCUGAGGAAACCUCUCCACUUGGUGGAGUGUAUCCACGUGCUUCUCUCAGGAUAUGUGGACGAUCCCAGCCGAGUACCAACCUAUGACAGACGCCGAUUCACCAACGUGUGUCUCGACAACAUCUGCGGCUACCUGGUGGAGCUGCAGUCUCUGAGCCCGAACUCGGCCCUUCAACAAACCAUCGGCAACUUCAAGUCGCUGCAGACGAAACUGGAGAAACUCCACUGACGUUACCAAUAACCUUCUUCAUCAGGACAAAGGGUACAGGUGAACUCUGGAUCUCACACUGUUGGCCUUAAUGUAACGCCUGAUUAGGAGAAAGAAAAAAGUGUGAUUACAUUAUCAACACGCAGAACACGAUGAUGUCUGUAUUCCUGCUGUGUUCAUCUGAUGUGGUGGAGCUUGGCAACUGCUUGUUCUAAAGGGACAAUGGAAGCAGGUGGUCGUGCUCUGCUAAAAAGAUGAAGCAGAUGGAGGAGACACAUUUUAUAACUUAUUUAAUGCAUUUUGUUGAAAGUCUACACAUUAUACCGAAAUACAACCUUGGACAGAAAGAUGCUUUGGUUAUUUGCAUUGUGUGCAAAUAGCUAUAUCUGAUGUCAGUUUUGUUUAUAAUAAAAAAAUCAUUAAAUCAUUCAGAAUUUUACAGGUUAGUUUUCAUACAUUGAAAAUGCACUGAAUGACAGUUGGUUUUGGGUCUUUUCAUAUGAAUCCACGUCACGGAGGUAUAAAAACCUGACAAAAGCCUUUUCACCAUAGGGGAAUCAUUUUGUUGUACUUCAGCUCCCAAACAAAACAGCUCAAUUUUGGAAGGGUUGAUUGUAAUUUUGUACAUAACUUGGCCAUAAUGUCGUCCCGCCUGCCAAAGGUCAUUUCACACAAAUGUUAUUUUCAUGUUUAUUAUUUACAGUGAGCAGUUUGUCUACUUGACUGAUAAAUUUAACAGUGCUUUGGUGUGUGAGUGUUUUGUAUUGAAUGUAGAACAAAAACAAAUUUCUGAACACAGUGCAGUUCACUGAAAACCUUUGCCUGUGUUGAGGGAAAAAUAACAAUUUGAUAAAACCUUUUUUUAUGAAGAAAUAAAUCUUUGUCAUUGAGUUUGUAUAUGAGGAUGCUUUGAAAACACUACACAGCAACUACUUAGGAUCUUAGGUAUUGUUUUUUGUGAUUUUUUUAAUAAUUGGAGGAUUGGGUUGCUGAAAUUUGAUAAUGUGACACUGCAGAGGGAGUCCGGUAAUGGUCCUGAUGUCGUCACUGUUUGUGUUUACAUAAUUAUCGUUAAUCUGAAAUCCGCACUCAGGGUUUCUUACAGUCAUCAACCAGGCCAUAAUUGCUAGAGGUUGUAUUCUACAAUUAGAGCUGUGCACUGUAGUUUACAAUUAUGUUAAAUUUUUAGCCUCUAAAAAAUAAAAUCACUUUGCCUUGAUGAUGGGUUAAUUUCUCUUCUAAUUUCACAGUGAGCUGCCUCUUUCUUUAUAUUUUAGACCUCUGAGUUACUCCUUCACACAUUGUGCUCCUGUUCACCUUAUUGUGCAGACAAGAAAUACACGGAGCGGCUCAAUUAAAAUGUGACUGUAGAUGUCUUCGUAGAAAAAAAAUAAAAACUUUUAUAGUGGAUUGAA